AAUGACACUGCACGGUGGUAUAUAAACUGGGAGGGACGUCAAACAUCCUUCACUGGGAGUCACUAUGCGCUGAUGCUGCGCCACAUGCUCACAUCACUGUCUGCCACGCAAGCCCCGCAUCAGCACAACAAACUCAAACAACACCAGACCGGCACGAUGGAUGGGCAACAUAAAGACCGCAGAAUGACUCACUUGUGGAUAUUGACGUUACUGAUAUUAGUCUAACCUCAAGCACUGGAUAACUCGGUCUUUUCCAACUUCUUCUUCUGGAUACGGAUUGCGGAGCUGGAUCUUGUCCUACGGGCUUUGGAAGAAGGAUUAUAUUUAUUCUGAUCACUUUGUUUCACCACCCAUUCGUUUUUUUUUUUCAAUCGCCACUAUUGGAAUAGGAGCGUUACUUUGUGGGAGGACAAACUGAUUUUUCAAGGAUACGCACAUAAAACUCUAAAGGAUGGCCGUUUGGUUCGCCUCUAUCCUGGCAAUAGUUAUAACAUUAUUUACUCAGGUUUUGGGAUCAGGUGUGUUCGAGAUAGACCUCCAUCAUUUUCAAAAUUCUAAAGGUUUGCUGGCAAAUGGACUCAGCUGCAGCAUGGCCGGCUGCAGGACUUAUUUCAGGGUUUGUUUGAAGAACUUCCAGACGGAGGUGUCUCCUGGAAACUGCAUAUUUGGCAAAGCCACCACGCCUGUUCUGGGCACCGACUCGUUUAGCAUCCAGGAGGACGCCAGGCUGCGUCUGCCGCUCAAUUUCACCUGGCCGGGUGCUUUCUCGUUAGUUUUUGAAGCCUGGUAUUCUCCUGCAGCGGAUCAGCCUGGAGACACCACCAACCCCGAAUUCUUGAUUAGCUCUUUUGCCAUCCAAAGACAGUUGGGAAUAGGGCCUGGGUGGUCCCAGGAAGUGCAGAACGGGACGCAGACGGAGCUAAGGUACUCAUACCGGUUCAUCUGCAAUGAAAAUUACUACGGGGACACUUGUUCCAAAAUGUGCGCUCCGAGAGACGACCAUUUUGGCCACUACACCUGCAAGCCUGACGGGCAAAAAGCCUGUCUACCGGGAUGGAAGGGAGAAUACUGCCAAGAACCUAUCUGUUUGGAAGGCUGCAACGAAAGGAAUGGAAACUGCACGUCACCUGGAGAGUGCAAAUGCAGAGAGGGCUGGCAGGGACUCUUCUGUGAUGUGUGUAAACUCCAUCCGACCUGUAAACAUGGUACCUGUAAAGAGCCGUGGCAGUGCACCUGCAAAGAAGGCUGGGGAGGCAUCUUUUGUAACCAAGAUCUGAACUACUGCACCCACCACAAGCCCUGUGCCAACGGGGCUACGUGUAUGAAUACGGGCCAGGGCAGCUACACCUGCGCCUGCCUGCCGGGCUUCACUGGAGUUAACUGCGACUCGGAGGUCAGGGAGUGUGACAGCCGGCCCUGCCACAACGGAGGCCACUGCCUGGACUCCGAGGACGGCUAUAGGUGUGUGUGCCCGCAGGGGUUCGAGGGGCCGCAGUGCGAGCACAGGAAGCUGACUUGCGCGGACACGCCGUGCUUCCACGGCGGCAAGUGCAAAGAGAGGGAUAACGGGAACAGCUACGUGUGCGAGUGUCCAGCGGGAUACACUGGACUCAACUGUGAGAAGAAAAUGGAUAAAUGUACCUCGCUGCAAUGCACCAACGGUGGACAUUGUGUGGUUCAAGGUAACCUCAGACUGUGCAGCUGCCGCUCGGGCUUCACGGGACAGCGCUGCGAGAUCAACAUCAACGAGUGCGCCAGCAGCCCGUGCGCCAACGGCUCCACCUGCAUCGACCGCAUCAACGACUACACCUGCACCUGUCCGCCCGGGUACACAGGCCGCCGCUGCGACAAACCCACAGACCGCUGCGCCUCCCACUCCUGCCUCAACGGCGGCACCUGCGCCGUCGGAGCCAAGCGCCAGCUCACCUGCGCCUGCCCCGCCCGCUACAGCGGGCCCCGGUGCGAAACCAGCAACGACCCCCCUCAAAAAAACUCCGACCCCGACCCCAGCCCUAAGCUGAACGUGGCGGCCAUCAUGCUGGGUGUGGGCACGGUGGCCCUGCUGGUGCUUCUCUGCAUGGCGGCGGUGGUCAUACGUCACAUCAGGAAGCACAGGAGCAAGGAGCGGGACUCGGAGACCAUGAACAACCUCUCCAAGGCCGACUUUCAGAAAGAGAACCUCAUCUCUACUCUAGAGCUCAAGAACACUAAUAAAAAGAUGGAUUUGGAGGUGGAGUGUCCCAGGGAAAAGUCGAAUCACAAAUACAUCAACCACUACCACCUGGACUAUAAAUCCUCCACGGGGUACAAGGACGAACUGUCCCUUCUGGACAAAGAUGAAAACUGUGAAAAGACGAUAGAAGACAAAAAACAUUUGAGUAGAAUGUACAGUGAAAGGCCAGAGUGUAGAAUAUCUACAAUAUAUUCUUCCAGAGAUUCAAUGUACCAGUCUGUCUUUGUAAUAGGAGAGGAGAAAAACGAAUGCAUCAUUGCAACUGAGGUAUAAUAAAUGGAAGACAUUAUUCACUGUCAACAUUGGACUUCUUGUGGACUGUUUACAAGUGUGUAGAGACUGGGAUUUAUUUAAAUGCAAGUUGCUGCUCUUGAAAACUUGAUAACUGGAUGGAGCUCGUGUGCUCUCUGAAUGCAAUAGGACUAAAGCUACUAACCUGCGCGAGAAUGUAAAAAAGACUGCGGGAAAUAAUGAGCAAACCUGGCUCGCGGAUGCGCCUUUUUCGACUCGAACCCUUUUUCCGGCUUCCGUCCAAGUUUGCCCGAGGGCGACGGGCCGAGACGUUUGUGCCUGCGUGCUGACUAGAAGAAGAAGAGGACCGUCCUGACGUCCUCCUCUCCAGACAAUUGCAGUAAUCGGCAAUCAAACUAAUCAAUGUACUGCCAGAGAGACACCGUGGAGGGAGCCAGACAUUUGUGUUCCCUGUGACCUGCAAUGCGUUAUGCAAACGAAAACUAGCAUUAAAUCAAAAAGGGACUCAAAAACUACUGAAAACGGUUCAUUUGUGUGGGGAUAUUUGGGGUCAGUUUUGUAAAAUCAAAUCCGUUUUUAUAAAGAAUGUAUGCAGCCUAGAUCACAAAGCCUUAUAUAUGUAUUUAAGAUGCUCUGCCUUAUCUUGAUUCCUUUGCACAGCGACGUGGAGGUAACAAUUAAAGAUCAAAAGAUGCAAUAUGCUAAAGCGCCAUGCAGGGAGGCUCACGAUAAGGCCUUGUUUUAUGCAAGAUCACCCUUAAAUGAAGACAAAGAAACACAUGAAGUGACUAUCGUACCAAGGACGCCUUCAAUGGAAAUUACUGAACCAAUAAUGUUAUUUUGUAAGAUUAGUAUUUCAUUAGUAAUUUAAGUAUAUGAAGCACUGAUCUUUCUCUUUCUAUGUUUUAUAAAAUUAUUUUGUAUAUACUGUAUAUUUAUAUGUUGAGAUUAGAAGUAUGGCUUGUACAUCUGUUUUUAAGUCGACGCCCCCAAAAAAGGUGAAUUUAUUUUUAAAGUGUUUUUUGUUGUUUUAUUAUAAUUAUUUGUUAUAAAAAAAAGAAAGAAAGAAAGAAAAAGAAACAAGGAAUACUUAUCUGGUACACUGUUUGUUUGUCACUGGUUGAGUGUACAUGUGGUGGAAUAGAGAUCCUACAUUAAAUGUUAUGGAAUCAUGUAGAGGCUUGAUCCAUGUCAGCUGGUGUGGAAGUGUCUGUAGAUAGAUCCAGUCAUAUUUGGCCUGGUAGCAUUUCUGGUGACUCCAUGUCUAUGUCCGUGACAUCUGUGUCGGUGUGAUGUGCUAGCAAUCAUUCAGUGGACAGCAUUGUAAUUGGCAGCCAUGUAAGGAAAUACGCAGACAAGAAGAUAUAUAUUUAAAGAAUCUGUAUGUGAUAAUAAAGAAUCCUUGUGGUCUUUCAGCUUAA